CAUAUCAUAGGAUACUGUCAAAUUGCCAUAUCUCCCCUAAACAGAAACCCAUCGUUCCCACAACAUCCACCAUGCAGCCAAAGCCAACCAUGGCCGCCGCGCCCCAGAUCCGCCCCGCCAUCCGCCACCGCGGCCUCCUCUUCGCAACGGCCGCCGUCGCCGCCCUCGCCGUCAGCUUCCGGUACACUGCCGCCUCGAGGCGGACGAACGAGCAGAACCAGCGCUCCAGCAACCCCCAUUAUGUGAGCGUCGAUCGGAGUGGAGGCGGCAUUUAGUAUGGCGUCACGUACCACU